AUGGCGAUGUCAGCCAUGCGUGCCCUGCCCUGCGCGAUCACCAUGCAUGCGGCUGAGACGACACUGAUCCGUGCAGGGCUGCAGGGACAAGGAGGAGGAGGUGGUGCUGGUGCUGGUGGCGCAGGAGGAGCAGCUGGUGGUGGUGCAGGGGGCGCGGCAGGUGGUGCUGUGGUGCCGGGGACACAGGAUGCCAUCCAGAUUGUGUCACAGGCUGCUCUCUGCUUUGACAAUAGACAGGUGAUAAAUGAGUGCCUCCAAGCAAUGGGCAUCAAUGUCAACGGCAGCGGCGCUAGCGGCAACGGCAACGGUGGCAGUAGCAACGGCAGUGGUGGCAGCAGCAGAAGCAACGGUGGCGGCGGCAGUGGCGGCAGCAGCAGAAGCAACGGCAACAGCGGGUCAACGGCGAUCAUGUGCCAAGGGCCGUGCUUCGGGCAGAUGAUGCUGAUGAUGACCUGCGUGAACGGCAUCCUAGGCAACAUCCAGGGCUACAGCCCUGGCCUCAUGCAGGGCGUCCAGGCCGUCUUCCAGAUGUCCUGCGGCAACGUUGGCAACAACCAGCAGGGUGGCGGUGGUAGUGGAGGUGCCGCCGGUGGUGGUGGUGGUGGAGGUGCUACCGGUGCCGCUGGUGGUGGAGGUGCCGGGAGUGCUGGUGGAGCUGGUAGUGGAGGUGUCGCCGGCGUUGGCGGCGGAGCUGGUGGAGGAGGUACCAGCGGUGCCAGUGGUGCUGGUGGUGGUGUCGCUGGCGGCGCCGGCAAUGCCGUUGGUGCCAGCGGUGGCAGCAAUACGGCCAACAGUGCCAUUACUGCUGGUGGUUCUACGAAUCCUAACGGAGGCUCACACGUGGCAGUAAGCAAUCUUGAUGAGCUAACCAGCAGCGCGGAUGGGCCCAUGGCUAGCCUCACCAGCAGAUUUCCCUCAAUGCUAUGGACUUACGUGUAUUUGGCUACUGCGGCUAUUGUGGCUUUGAUAUGA